GUCAGAACAAGUACACCCAGGCUGUAUCCAACUAGAAGAGAUAAGGACAGACAAUGGAACGAGCAACUCGCCUGCCAAUGAAACCCUCGUUCUUUCCGGCGACGACAACGUCACAGAGAGGCCGCCCACGCCUGACCGCUGCGGGUCUCUGGCGAGAUCAACGCAGCGCGUCGCGAGAGGUCUGUACGAGGCGGCGAAGGUCAUGGCGUCACCCGCAAACGUUGACAGAGCGACGUUGAAGCGGGACUUUUACAUGACUCUGGGAAUGUCGGUCGUUGUGAGUUUAUUUAUUGCAAAGAAAGUGCCGUACUCUCUCACGCCAGCGGACGUCAGCCGAUCUUACAGGGAUUUCUUUAUCGGACUCUUCCUCGCAAUCAGCUCCAACCUUUUCAUUGGUUCCAGCUUCAUAAUCAAGAAGAAGGGUCUACUUAAAGUGCAGCAGUCGUCUGGUCACAGAGCUGGUAAAGGUGGGCAUGCUUACCUUAGAGAAUGGCUCUGGUGGGCUGGCUUCCUCACAAUGGCCGUCGGGGAGGUGGCAAACUUUGUGGCGUACAUGUUUGCUCCGGCGACGCUAGUGACACCACUAGGAGCGCUCAGCGUUCUCGUAUCAGCGAUAAUGGCGUCAAAGAUUCUCAACGAGACGCUGAACAUAUUAGGCAAGGUCGGCUGCUUCCUGUGUGUUGCCGGGGCAACGAUGAUCAUCAUUCACUCACCGAAGGAAGGCGAGGUGGAGACGAUGGAAGACCUGGCUGAGAAGCUAGUCGAACCAGGCUUCAUUGUUUACACGGCUGUCGUCGUCUUCAUCGCUGGCGUCCUCGUCUGCUACUUCUCGCCGCACUACGGUCAUAAGAACGUUCUCGUCUACACGACCAUCUGCUCUCUCAUUGGCUCGCUCUCCGUCAUGGCGUGUAAGGGCGUCGGCGUCGCUUUAAGACAGACUGUCGCUGGCGGCGGUAACGCGUUCACCAGCUGGCUGACGUAUGCGCUGGCAGCGUCGGUGUUCGCCUGCAUAGCCGUACAGAUGAACUACCUUAACCGCGCUCUUGACACGUUCAACACGUCCCUCGUCUCACCUAUCUACUACGUCUUCUUCACAACCUUCACGAUCAUUGCAUCCGCGAUCCUGUUCAAGGAGUGGCGCCACCUAGGGGGUCGCGAGAUUGCAGGUAACGCGUGUGGGUUUGCGACGAUCGUCGGUGCCAUCUUCCUGCUGCAUGCGUUCAGGGAGUUUGACAUCACGCUGCGCCGGCUACGCGCAACCGUCGCCGACGACAACGCCGCAUCCACCACCGCCGAACGACGAAUGCUCAUAGUGGGCGCUGCAGCAACGGCGGAGCGCGAGGAUGGCGGGGGCGGCGACGCAUGCUGAGGUUGAGCGGUCACAAGAAGAUUUGUUAGUAUUGUCAGUGACCACUAGAGGGCAGCAGCCACCAGUUAGUUACUCAUUUACCCAAUGUACAUAUCCCAGGCAGAGUGAGAGGCAGGAUGGAUUUUAGGAGUGGGUGGGAGGGGCUUGGGCAUAGAUAGCAUUUUGCCUCAUUCGAAAGGAGUUAUUCGGACUUAACUUUACAAGUGCCUUUAAUCAACAGGAUAUUUCCUAAAACAAUUCCGUCUUUGUGGGGGAGGGUACUAUUUUUUGUAAAAAUAACUCGAUAUAAUGUCGUACAAAAACACUGAGCAUAAUUUAUAAACAAGUCUUGAACUUAUCUUGUCUUAUCAAGUCUUGUCUGGUGCUUGAACUUAUGCGUGGGUUUGUAUAGGAGUGUUGUGUGUGCAUGCACACAGCUUUACUACCUAUGGCUAUAGAUCUAUUUCUGUCACUGUUUACAGUUAUAUUUUUGGUUAAUCUUUAUUUGUUUUGUUUUAUCAGAUGCAAUAUACAUGCAUAUUUUUUCUGUUUUCAUUCCUGCAAUAUGCCUGUUUGUCAUGAUAAUUUUAAUUCUAGGUAUAUGUGAUAAUGAUAUAAAUUCUCCUGAUCAUUAAUCAAUUAUCGUUAUACACGUGCUGUGAUUGGAAUUUUACAUGCGCAGCUAAUUUGAGCAGCUGGUGUAAAUAAUUGUUUAAAAUUCGUGAUUGUUUAUUUUAUAGUUAAAAAAGAAGUUUUAUCGAUCAUGUUAGCUGGUAUUCGCACGAUGAUUUCACUUGUCAAAUAUUCAUUAUUCGUUUCCUAGUUGGAAGAACUCCCAACUUGCUGUGCAUGUGAAACAGAGUACUGCAGCUGGCUAUGAUCUGAUUUCCCUGAAGCGGGACUUUGAUGUGUUAAUCUGACGUUUGCUGUGAUAACUGCUUAAUUAAGAUAGCGACGUGGACAACAAUCAUUACCCGUAUAGGGUGUGGUGGGUACGUUCCACCACGUCUAUGCCUCAGGUUAAAAUUCAUUCCCUCCAUAGAAUAGUUAGUCUGGUUAGUGUUUAUUGCUGUGUGUUAUCUGCCGUCCUUGUGUUUACAUAUCAUAAACAGAGUUUUAACGUAAUUAAGAUGAAGAUUGUUUCUGGAUGCAUUUGCGUCAUGCGAAACAUUUUCCGGAACAUUUAGUGAUUAUUUUGUUAUAAUUUUCAUAUACUCGCUCUAUCGUGAAUAUAAUGAUGAAAUGUAACCCUAUUAAUAUCACAGUAAAUGUCUGUAUUCUUAAAAGGCAGAAAAUUGUGUUUUAUGGUUUGCGCAUGUGUGUGCGUGUAUGGGUUACUGUGCAGCAGUGCGAUAGGUGGGCGUGCUCGUGUGGGUGUUAGGAAGUCGCUUUAUGUAUGCGUUGUCUGUCAACGUGUACACAUUUACCGUCUGAUAAACUAAGCGAUGUAAAUUGAUUUAAUAGCGUGAUUGUUUGAAAAAUUUCUGAUAUGAAAAACAAUGGUUUAAGCAUAUAGACAGAUUAUUUUCGUUCUCAACAAUGAUUUUCCCACUGUAG